AUGCCAAAAUGGCCCCAAAGAUUGAAACGGCUUCUACUGACCGGUUUUCAGAGGUCGAACAAGGGUGCAGAAGCUACUAAAAUGUUUAAAUUGGGUCGAAUGCGCGGCGUAGUCAAUCCAGAACGGGGUUGGUCGUGGGCACCACAAUUUAAUGUUAUGGUGGAAAUCGCAGUUGGCGAUCUGUACGAUCAGAUUGCUAGCAAACAAGAAGGUAUCGUGAUACAUCCUGAAGCACUAUACGAGUGCAAAUAUUGUGCUAUGUUUCAGAUCUCCGGCUCUGAACUUCGUGACUCGGAUAGAGGACGUUCUCAUGCUGCUGCUCAUCGCAUUGCUUUUGAAGCUCUGCUUGAGCCUGCACCAGUUCUCAUUUGUCCCAUAUGUGAUUUACCACAGAAGACCAGUGAGGUUGCAUGCGUAUUCGGCUGCAUGUUUAACGAUCUGGAUCUUGUUGAACAUUUGGAACGUGACCACAGUGACAUCCUUGCCGAUGAUAUGGUGUGCGAUUUUUCGGAUCCGCGAUACCUUUUCACAACAUUCCGAGAAAAAGGAGGACCGAAGAACUUGUCACUAGAUCAAAGGAAUUCUGAACAGACUAAUGGUCCUGAAGGAGGUGAUGACCGCAGCACAGUCGUUCUCAGUGAUGGUGACGAAGGAAGCCGAUCAAGUUCGGCAGAUGAUAACCGAUUGGAGUGCAAACACUCUCCAAAUGGUGCUGGAGAAGGCCAUGCAAAUGAAGCUGAUCACAACGAUUCUGGAGAUGGCAGGAACUCGGGCGGUGGGCGCUCACGGUCAGGGGAAGAAAGCAUGGAGGCGAAUGCUUCUUGUGUAUCCGAACAUUCAGAACCGAAUUCCACUCAGGAGCCAAUGCAUGACAACGAGCAUCCUCCAAAUAAUGAGGGUGCCGUACCGAUGGAUACCGAAAGAGACAAGCGCCCAGAAAAUUCUCCCCAAGAAGCGCAACCCGUUCGCAAACAAAUGGCCGGUGUCAGUAUAAUCACUUGUCUUGUAUGCGAUUGGUCGCCGUCAUCGGUUCACGAUUCGAAUCGUAUGCGUGAUGAGCUUUCUUCGCAUGUACGUCUCCAUAUAAGGGACGAGUCAAACAAAAUUCCCAGUAGAGGUGACAGCUUUUUUGGGGAUAAACGCCUUUUGAGUUGCAUGGAUUUUAGCUUAGAGGAAUAUUUUGAAAAAGAACAUCUCACCGAUCUUAGCGGCACAAUAAACUCCAGGAUCAUGGAGCGAGUAUACGGAGAUCUACUUACCAAAUUGUUUGGUAUAUGCGUUCCACUGGUUUAUCGAAUUUUGCAUGGUAAUAAUGGAAAUCCGUUCCGUUCACCGGAGAUGUUUACCAACAAACGAAGAAGGGCUCGUCGUGUUAAUAGAUCAAAGGCUGGAAAAGAUGCCUCGAAAAAGACUGCUACACGAGCUAGUAAAAGUAGUAUGAGAAGGACGCAUUCUACCAGUACAUUCACAACUGAGAGUUUCAAUAGUGACGCUGACAGUAGUACAUAUGAAUGCGCGGAUCUUCUUGGCAUAGGAAAUUUCGAAACAAAUCAGCACAUCCAGUGUGCUCGUGCUGAAUGCGGUCACUAUCUGUUAACGCCGGCUGAUCGCAUGUCAUUAGUUCGUCACAUUGCUGCACAUAUACGUCAUGAUGAGAUGCGGCUGUUGAAGGCCGGAGGGGUUUCUCCCCUAGUUGCUUGCGACUGCGGAGUUGCGAUGGGCUCGCCAAUGGGCUACAUUUAUCACAUCGUUCAUGACCACGUUUUUGAACGAAAGAAGUUCACUGAUCUUGCGGCUACAAUUGUAUCGUACCUCAUGCUUAUUGUGGAAACCGCCAUUGAAUCUGUAUUAGCCGUGCGUGUCGAUUUCCGCGCAACAAGGUGGACCCUUUGGUGUGCCUAUUUUGCACUCGAAAAUGAUGAAGGCGAUGAGAAAUUAUUCAUUGAUAGCACCGAUUUGAACGAACAUUGGUGGAAACUAUGGGAAAGCCUGCUAGAUGAAUGUGUGACCGGCAAAAAUAUGACACUCGGGGACACAAUAAAGCUAUUCGAAAUGCACCCAUAUGUUGACGAAGAGCGCCUUCGAACGAGAAAGCACAAAUCUAUCCCAGUCAUGGAUGCGGAGAAGAUUCAGCGAUCGCUUUCUGCGGUUUGGCUUCAUCUUAAUCAAUGGUCAAAUGAUCCUGUUAAUCGUGUACAUCUCGCAAGCGAAUCGCGUUGGAUUCGCCUUGCUCAGCUUCGAAGAAAGGUGUUCCUGGAGUCUAAAAAGAAGGGUGAUCAGAACAAAGCGGAUAAUUUGCAUAGCAUAACGAUUUGCUCAAUUCCUUCUUCUUUCGAGUGCAAGCAACGGCAAUUAGCUGCUGUGGCAGACCAGUCUUCGCCAACGGCUUUACAUGUUGCUGCUAUUUUAUUUUGCCAAUUAAACUUUCAUACCACAGACUCUGAUGCGGGAAGUACUACGUCAAUCACAGUGAAUGCGUCUGCAUCAGUGAUCGACGUCCUUGAUGCAUGCUCCCGACAAGAUGCUAUGACAUCUGCGAAUACUGCUCAGGAAGAAGCUGAUGUUGCAGAACUAAGUGUGAAAUAUGUCCACUGCCUUAUAUGUGCAAAUAUAUGUAUACGUGCGGAUAAUGCUGCAUAUAUCAAGAAUCAUUGUGCUCUUCAUGCUGUGCUAGAAGGUCGGAUGUUGUGUUCACUGUAUAUUCAUAGAGCAGCUGAUCGGCCACAAAUGUGUCCUUUUUGCCCUACUGAGAUGAAUGUUUAUAAGCCGACUGAUUUUUUGGAGCACAUAAGACGAAAGCACGAAAAGAAAUCUCGUAUGAUCUAUGAUCGCUUCCUUCACUCAUAUUUUCCGCAAUCCAAGAUUUUUUCUGAGCCCACAACAGAAGAGUCGCCCAGAGAGGAAGAACAAUGUAGAAGUGAUUUUAUCAUUCGUUGCCAACGAACCAACUGCUGUGGAGUUGAUCCGGUAAUUGUGCUACCAAGUGAUAAAGCAAUACCCCUGGCAAAUGUCGACAUUGCUGUGGUGAAACAUAUGCUGUGGCACGUACGCAAUGAUUCAUUUUUGGAGUUGGAUCAUAAUGAGACAGAAAUUCUCACUCGCGCACUGAUGAUCCGUCUUUCUUGCACACAAAUGCGGCAGGUGCUGUUCAUGGCAAGGAGAGUUGCGAAGCAGUUCAAUAAAUAUAAGGAAACAGAUCUGAUAAGAUACAUCCAGGAAAAAAUGGAGGAGAUUGGUUGCGCUCUCUUUGGCGUGAACAAGGGCUUGGUGUUCCAGAUGGUAUUUACACGCCGUUUUGUGCGUGAUCAGAGCGGUAUGCAGUUGUAUCCUCCAUGUGUUUGUCGGCUUUGUGUAGACAAGGAACUGCCUCGAUACUCGAGUGAUCGUCGGAAACGUGCGUUUGUCGCUUAUGCUCAUCCAGUUGUUCUUCAUAUCCUUGAACAUCUGUCUCUAGGGCAGCUGCAGCAAGAUGAUGAUACCGCAGCGGACUUAAGAUGGGAAGGUGCCUGUUCGGUUGAUGGGCUGCGAUUCAAAAAUGUGUCACUGGCAAUAAAACACGUACUCGAUGCUCAUAACGAUCUCGUGGAACUGAGUGCAUUGGACAUGAUGCUAGAAGAUAUGGGGAUUUUCCGACUCUUCCACAACGCCAUUUCAUCUGCGUUGGGUGAGCAAGCAUGGCAACUGGAGGAAGCGCUAGGAUUUGGUGCGUACAAAGCGAAAGUUCGCCCAAGGCCAGAUUUUUUCAACGAACCUGCACCAGAAAGUAUCCAUCGACCAGAUUGUUCUCGUUCGUGGGAUUCAUCAACACAAUUGUGCGCGUGUUUAGAUCCAACUCCAUCACAGCAGGAACCGACAUCAUUGGGGGCUGAGGGGAGUACCCCUCAUCCAAGGCGCAGAAUGAGGGCGACGUCGUUGCGUGACAUGCCUGAAGCUUCCGCUGCUUGUUAUGCUGAGUUCCUGAAUGAAUCGGAAGAUCGAGAAGAACAUCCUUCACUGCCUUCGUUUCACGCCAGUGGGGAUGACGAACCUUCAACAAGUAACUUGCAGACUCCAACGACUGCCCUUAUAAACACUAUUGUGGCACAGUCGGCUCCGGCAUCAACUGUGAAAGUAGAAACAGACGAGUCAGGAGCAGCGAGAAGUGGGUUUGAAAACUCUAUCACUGCUCUUGCGGAAGCGGCAGUGGCGGUUCCAUCAUCGGCUGAUGCUGGUGCCGAAGCAACGGAAAAUAGGAUGGCGAAUUCUAAGAAAAAACGACCUGAUCGAUUCAAGAGAGCAAGACAGAAACGUGUCAAAGAAAUAAAGCGAGAAGUUGAUGGAAUGAUCGUACCCCAACGGAAUAAGGCACUUCCUCUAAAGAAUGUCAUUCAAGGCUCUAAAACUGUGGCUGCUGCUCUUGUUGCUGCUAUCGGAUCACCCAGCUCUACAGGAGAAGGAUCUAAUCCUCAGUCAACACAGCAAGCAGAUCACGAAGAAGGGGCGCGCGGUGAUGCAACUGAAUCUGUACGGUCUUUGGGAACGAAUGCAUCGCAAACUUCCUCAAGGACAAAAAAGAAGUCAAUGAAUGCAGACGGAAAUAAUGAAGAGGCUGAGCUUGCUUUGGGCAGAGUCACGAAAAAGCCUCGGCUUGCAACAGUUGGUACCGUUGGAACGGAAGCGUUGAAUAAGGUUGACAGCAUUGCGACAGAUUAUUUCAGACGACGUCUUCGCCCACCAAGGUGA